AUGCCUAGAACCUCCUCCACUAAAAAACACAAGGGCCGUGUUUUCCAAUGUGUUGGCUACGAGAACUGCUCGAUGUCAUUCACUCGUUCUGAACAUCUCGCUAGACAUAUUAGAAAACACACCGGCGAGAGACCUUUCAAGUGCGAACAUUGCGCUCGCCGAUUCUCUAGACUGGACAAUCUUAGACAACAUAAACAAACCGUCCACAUUUACGAGAAUUUCAUUCUCACGUAUCCCGGCGAAAAUGUCAAUGUCAGAAUGAAAUCUGAGGAAAAGGAUACGCACACGCAGAAAAACCAGGCUGUCGUCCAGCAAGGCGCAAUGCUUCCGCCGCCUCGUAGAAGCAUUUUGUUGUCCGGCAGCAACGAAUUCAGACCACACCUGCCCAACAAGCCGGGCCCGAUCUUUGUCCAGAACUCCAAUUUCUCGCCAGCUGGCUCCCAAUUGCCAACGCCGACCCCAAGCGCUGUGCCAUCUGCCUCUUCUGCUUCCUCCAGCAGAGUGAACUCUCCUCAUUCUGUCUCUUUCAUCAUAAACAACUACGAUACCCCUAUCUCCGCAGGAACGCCUACUAGUACGAAAACAUGGCUCAAUAACGUGCUGAAUAAUCAGCUGGCUACGCCAGACUCAGCCGCGGCACAGACCCUCGUUACUAUGGGCGGCUCGCAGACCCCUAACGGAUACAGACUCCCUGCCCUGAAUGAACUAGGCAUUUAA